AUGACGUCGACGUGCAAACAGCAGUACCUUGGGCAAAGAAGGCAAGGCAAAGGCUUGAACUACACAGGCUUCCAGGUAGAGCGAGUCUUCCGUGUAGAGAAUCAGGACCUGUGGUCGGGGUAUGCCCAGGAGCGCUCCCGCAUCAUGCAGCAAGGAACACGUCAUCCAGAGACUCAAGUGAGCACGUGGCGAGACUGGAUGGAAGACGAACUUCUGGUGGACAAGGCGAGCAACGAAGUGUUUCUGUUUCAUGGCACCAGCUUCAACAUGGCUGACGUCAUCUUGACGUCUGGAUUCGACGAGCGUGUGUGCAACCUGAAUGGACUCUUCGGAGCUGGAAUCUACCUGGCCGAGAACUCCAGCAAGAGCGACGAAUACUGCGUGCCGGACAGCCAAGGCAUCUGCCGCAUGUUCCUCGUACGUUCUGCGCUUGGAACACCGUUUGUAGCUCAGAGAUCCAUGCAACGGGCUAGAAGGCCUCCUACGAACUCCACUGGGUUCUUAUAUGACUCUGUGAUCGGGGUGACCAAAGAAACACAUCCAGCAGCCCUUUUGGAGUGGUACAGGGAGUUCAUAGUGUACUACCGUCGACAGACCUACCCGGAGUUUCUGAUAGAGUUCAAACGCGUGUAA